UUUAAACUUCAACCUCAAGAUGAUGUUCAUCACUGCGUUGGUAAGUCUUCUGCUGACGGCGGUAAUAACAGAGGGCCAAGUGUGUUCCCGUGUGGUAGACGACUCUGUCUAUGGAUUGGAGUCGGAUUCGGCGUCUGUUCGGCUGGGCUAUGCUGCCGUGAGUUCAAGGGUCCAAACCGCCAUGAAAAGUCAAGGUGGUAUCGCUGCCAAGUCUCAGAGCCAAAGAUGUGCCGUCAGCAAAACAGCUAGUGUCAGCAGUUCCCUCCGCCAUCCAUGGGGAAGAACCUGUGAAGCCUGUCCCCCGAGAGUGUACUACCUUCGCCGCUUUCUUAGAUACUGUUACGUCGCCCAAUGGCCCUUCAAGCAGCAGAUCAGAUACGUCCGAUGCCCGUACCGGUGCAAUCAGCCAUGUUGGUGCUCUAAUAGCAGGUGCGUGGCCACACGCCACUCUCUGGUCUGGGUGUGGGCCUAUUGUACCAGGAGCACCAGCCUUGGCUUCGUACGGGGCAUCAACUACCGCUGGCUGUGGCUCCCACAAGACUGUCAGUGCAGGGAGAGUUAAGAGUAUAUCCCGGGAUAGCCGUCGUGACAGACCUACACAUGUCAAUGUCAACAGCAUAAUAAAAUCCUUGAAGGAA